AUGCCACUCAUCAUCCUCACUGGCCUUCCCUGCUCCGGCAAAACGUUCCGAGCGCAGCAGAUCGCGGCCGACUUGAACGCACUCAUUGCGUCCGACCCAGCGGCACACUCGAAGAAAAGCGUGCAGAUUGUGCCUUCUCAGCAUGCGUCCGCCCACGAGCCUUACGAGCCCGGCCGACCGGCCAGCCGGGAGAGUGUGCGCGACCAAAUUUACAACAGCACGGCGCAGGAGAAGACGGCGCGGGCGGAAGAAUUCUCGGCCAUCAAGAGAGCCGUGUCCAAAGACAAGAUCGUGAUCGCCGAUGGACUGAACUACAUCAAGGGAUACCGCUACCAGCUGUGGUGCGAGGCCAAGGCGGCCGCGACCAGAUGCUGCGUCGUGCACGUGGCGGCGCGCGAGGACGAAUGCAAAACGUGGAACGGCGAGCGUCAGAGAGCGUGGGUUCGUGACGGCGGAGACGAGCCCGCUCGCGUCGUCGAUACCCAGACGCCUGCUACACACGGCACCGACGUCCUCGGCCACUUGGUCCCGGAGAGUCACACGGCCAUAUAUGGCGAUCGGCGGUCGUGGUCGCGUUCUUCGUCUCUCGACGGGGAACACGAACCACAAGAUCGAGGAGGCGAUGAGGCGGAGGCGCAGGCGCCUGCGCCGUCGAGACCAAAGCCCGACGACACCAUGACCCUCAAGUCGCUGUACAUCACCGACCGGCAGGGCACCGAGAGAGGGGCGAGUCCAGGUCGGAAUUCCACUCGACGACCACCAUCCUCAACGCCAGCACCCGCGACUUCAUUGCCCUCUGCAUGUCUGGAGCCACCCGCGCCGACAGCGUCGCCGCCCUACUCACCAGCCACACUGGUCUCGCUGGCCAUGCGGUACGAGCCUCCGUCGCCCUUCUCGCGCUGGGACACGCCGCUGUUUACGAUUCCGUCGAGCGACGCCACGCCGCCGACCCAGGCCAUUUGGGCCGCCCUGUUCCCGCAGCCCGCGACCCCGACGAGCAGGAAGGCCCUGUCGCAGAUCCCAGCCCAGAACCAGAACCAGACCCAGACCCAGCCUGGCCCCCACGGGCCGCCGUCCGCCGUCACGUCUACGUCGACGUCGACGUCGACGUCCGACCCGGCCGUGAAGCCGCACGCCGCCACCGUGCUGCCCAGAGCAACAGCCGCCGAUGCCCUGCAGAUCCUGGAGAGCGCCACCAUGGACGUGGCGAAACACGUGCUCGCCCGGGCCCGCGAGCCCGGCGGCCCCGCGGACGGCGACCGCGACGGCGGAAACAUCGCCCUGGCUGUUCCCACCCCGACCGCGGCGGACCCGGACGCCUGCUACGAGACCACCCUGUACGUCCCCGCCGGCAUCGCCCUUUCGCAGCCCAUGCUGCAGCGCCUCCGCCGCAAAUAUACCCAGAUCCAACGCGGCGGCAUCGCCCACGGCCAGGGCUAUGUCUCUGGCCGCCGUCGCGUCGUCGAGGAUUUCGUCGACUUCUUGGACCGCGAAUGGAAUGAUGCUGAGUGA